CGAACGGCCAACUUUUAGCUGUGUAGAGGAGUAAGGACUGUGUAGCAGAGAUGAACGGGGUGUCUGCAGAGAAAGAAGGAGUUGGAGGACCAGAGCUGAGUCCCGCACUGCGUAAACUAGCUGAAGAAUGGCUCACUCUGGACAGGAACCCGUCCACGGUGCAGGAGAUAGAGAGGCUGCGGGAUGAUGGUGACGAGAAAACGCUGCAGUCGCUGCUCGGGUCUAGAAUGGUGUUCGGGACGGCCGGGCUCAGAGCCAAGAUGGGAGCCGGCUAUUCUCGCAUGAACGACCUCACCGUUAUCCAAACUGCUCAGGGUCUCGCUAGUUGUCUGCUGGAGCAGUUUGGAUCAGGGGAAUGUGGGAAGAGAGGUGUGGUAGUUGGCUACGAUGCUCGACACAACAGUCGGAGAUUCGCUGAGUUGUCAGCAACCAUUUUCCUCAACAAGAAUUUCAAAGUUUACCUCUUCUCAAACUUUACCCCAACUCCCUACACACCAUAUGCAGUGGUGAAGUUUGGCUGUGUGGCUGGCGUGCAGGUGACUGCCUCUCACAAUCCUAAGGAGUACAACGGAUACAAAGUCUACUGGAGCAAUGGAGCACAGAUCAGACCGCCACUGGAUUCCGACAUUCAGUCACACAUAUCUGCCAACCUGAACCCUCUCCCUACGUCCUGGGACACCUCUGCCCUCCAGAAGGCAUCUUCCGACAUCCUAGAUCCUCUAGCGUCCGUGACUGCCACUUACUUCACUGACACCCUCCAUCUCUGCUACAGAAGAGAAGACAACGCCAGCUCUCCAGUCAAGAUCGUCUAUACUCCCAUGCACGGAGUGGGGGCUGAGGGAGCCAGAGAGGCCUUCAGGACCUUUAGUCUCCCGGACUUCAUCCCAGUUCCAGAACAGAUCGACCCAGACCCAGAAUUCAGAACAGUGGCGUUCCCUAACCCAGAGGAAGGGCAUUCCGCUCUGGGUCUAGCGGAGAAGACGGCAGAGAGACACGGAGCCACACUGAUCCUGGCCAACGACCCAGAUGCAGACCGACUGGCAGUGGCGGAGAGAUCGGACCCCUCCACCAGGGAGUGGGACAUCCUGACUGGGAACGAGAUCGGAGCUCUGCUCGGCUGGUGGCUGUUCAAGAACUACAGAGACUCACACCCUCACUUCAAUGGUAAGAAUGUCUACAUGCUGGCCAGCACCGUCUCCUCGAAGUUCCUACAGAGAAUGGCCAGCGUCGAGGGCUUUCAAUUCGAGGUCUGUGUCUACACAACUUGAGCCUCCACCGUAUAGAGUAUGGCAGUUUUUAGCUGGAACGAGCGGGAUUUCGUUCUGCCGGGCACAUAUAAACCUGCUGUAUGAUACACUACAUUGCUGAGAAGGAGGCGCGAGCAUUUAAUUUUGCUUUUAGCGAUUAGGUUUUGUUGAAAUGUUCCCACUAUAGUUCCUUGUUUACUACAGAGUAACCGGAAGGUGCCCCUUACGCAGACACUGGUCAACUAUUCCAAUAGUCCAGCUAAUUAUAGGGUCCCCUGUUUGUGCUCUCUGUUGUGGUAUUCCCGUGGUUAAUGGUGUCCAGGAAACACUCACGGGGUUCAAGUGGAUGGGUAACAGGGCGCACGAGCUACUGCAGCAAGGACACGAGGUCCUGUUUGCCUUCGAGGAGGCCAUCGGCUACAUGUGUGGGUGUAGAGUCCUGGACAAAGACGGGAUCAGUGCUGCGGCAGUGAUGGCCGAGUUUGCCGGCUGGCUGGCCGGGCAGGGGAAAAACUUCCGUCAACAGCUCGAUGAGCUGUAUGCUAGGUAUGGGAGGUUCGAGUCAGAGGUGUCCUACUUCGUCUGCCACUCUCAGGACACCUUCACACAACUUUUCAAUGGAAUCAGAUCUAGAGAUGAUGGGAACUACCCAAAGACGUGUGGUCCCUAUGUAGUUGACAGUAUCAUUGAUCUGACUGUUGGUUACGACAGCUCCUCAUCUCCUCCUGACUUCAAACCAUUUCUACCGGUGGACCCAAACUCACAGCUGAUAAAGUUUAUUCUGGACGACAUGACGUGUGAGUGCACCCUGCGAACCAGUGGCACCGAACCCAAGAUAAAAUACUACAUCGAGAUCUCUUCCAAGAUUGGAGAAACGGUUUCGAAGGAGGAGCUGACGAAAAAACUGAGAAAAGUGGCGGAAGCCGUCGUCUCUGAGUUUCUGCAGCCCGAGAGAUGGGGUCUGGAGGCAAGACCCACGCAAUAACUGCAACGUCGCAAACUCUCAAUUUUAUAUCUCCUCAGCGUGUGUUGUGUGUCUGUGUCUGUGUCUAUUUGCAGUUCAGCAAAAAAAACACCAUAAUUACGUAGCCAGGGAUGUCAUUGCGCAGGUAUUUAUGUUGCCCCACCAAAGAUUAAUCAUGCAUGUUGUAUGCAUAUGCAUGUAUUUGUGUGUACAUUAUGCAGCCCAAAGAGGCUGGAAAAUAAUAAAAAGCCAAAUCACACGCUUAUAGCAUGAGAUAUUAUUUCACAGAG